CAAUCUUCCUGCCAUUUGCCAACAAAUCUGCCUACAUUUUUUUCUGCCAUUAUGUGCCAUUGUAAAAUGGAUCUGGGCAAAGGGUGCUGAUAAAACACAGUUUUCUUCUUAAUUUAUAUAGAACAAUCACAAAAUUAGAUUCCAAAAUGAGCGUCUUUAAAUCAGCCAUGGGCUAUUUUAGCUCAGGAGGCGCUAACGGUGGCAGUGAUAAUGAUUUUGUUGGUCAGUUUGUUGAAAUAGGAAAUAUGAAAUUGAGAGUUAAAAAGGUGAUCGCAGAAGGUGGUUUUGCUUUUGUGUUUGUUGCUCAAGAUGUAUCUACUGGCACAGAAUAUGCCUUGAAAAGGCUCAUGGCGGCCGACGAACAGGCUAACAAAAACAUUAUUCAAGAAAUUAGCAUAUUAAAAAAGUUAUCGGGUCAUCCUAAUGUAAUCAAGUAUAUAGCAGCAUCUUUUAUUGAUAAGUCGAAGACGUCACAUGGGAUGGGAGAGUAUUUAUUGUUGACGGACCUGUGCAGUGGGGGAAGCUUGAUGGAAGCUCUCCAGAACAGGGGGCAGGCGUUCCCCCUUCCAACCAUACUUAGGGUGUUCUACCAGACCUGCCGGGCGGUGCAGCACAUGCACGCCCAGGUCCCCCCUAUCGCACAUCGUGAUCUCAAACUAGAAAAUUUCUUAAUAUCCAAUGAAGGUACCAUAAAAUUAUGUGAUUUUGGCUCAGCCACAACAGAUAUUUAUACUCCAAAUCCUUCUUGGAGUGCAAAUCAAAGGAAUAUGUUAGAAGAAACGUUGGCCCAAUUCACCACUCCUAUGUACAGAGCACCAGAAAUGUUAGACACUUGGGACAAUCGCAAAAUUGAUCACAGUGUAGACGUAUGGGCCCUAGGAUGCAUUCUCUAUACACUGUGCUAUAUGCAACAUCCAUUCGAGGAUUCUGCUAAACUUGCAAUUCUAAAUGGAAACUAUAAUCUUAACCCCAAUGAUCAACGCUAUAAAUGUUUUCAUGAAGUUAUAAGUGGUUGCCUAACAGUGAACCCCGAGGAGCGCUUGACAAUAAGUAGUGUGCUGGAGCGAUUGGCGGCGAUAGCGGAGUCCAAUAAUGUCAAUCUCAAGCAACCACUCAAAUUUGAGCGUAAAAAAGUUGAACAAUCUGUGGCCACUAGCUCGCCAGCGAGCAAAGAGCCCGUGGCGAAUAGCCAGGAGGUGCCGAACUCCCGCCCUCCGGAGCCGGCGCGUCCCCCGCCCCCCGCGCGUCCCCCGGCCGCGCCGCACUACCAACCUCCUUUGCCGCCAACUCCUGCGAACUCUGGCGGACUUUUCUCGUCUAUUAAAGGAGGUGCUGGCAGCUUCCUGAAGAAUUUGAAGGAUACCUCUUCGAAGGUUAUGCAAACUGUGCAACAGUCUAUAGCUAGAACAGAUUUGGAUAUUAGCUACAUUACUAGUCGUAUAAUUGUGAUGCCUUAUCCUUCGGAGGGCUUAGAAAGCGCUUACAAAACUAACCAUAUUGAUGAUGUUAGGGCAUACUUAGAAAGUCGUCACCCCGGUGGUAAAUACAGUAUCUACGUGGCUUGCAAAGGCUGUCGGCUAUCAUUCCCUCGUCACGUGCCGGUGACAGACGCUGGUCGGGCUCUGUGGCCGACGCCGGCGCAUCGCGCACCAAUGUUGGCGCCAAUGUAUGCGUUGUUGCAACAUAUGUACCAGUAUUUGGGGAAGGAUGAGAGACAGGCGGCUGUUAUUACUUGUCAGGAUGGCAAGCAAAUGUCGUGUAUGCUAGUAUGCGGGCUACUCCUAUACGCGAAGCUAGUGACGGUACCAGAAGACGCGCUGCAAAUGUUCGCGGUGAAACGAUCGCCGAUCAACAUACCGCCUAGCCAUCUGAGAUACUUGUACUAUCUCUCUAAUAUUAUUAGACCAGAACCAAUUCUCCCGCACUUCCGACCAGUGAGCCUAGUAUCUCUCACGAUACAACCAGUGCCACUGUUCACUAAGGCCCGCGACGGUUGCCGGCCGUACAUAGAGAUAUACAACGAGGAUAGAAUGCUCCUGUCUACCUUGCAGGACUAUGAUAGACUGCAUUUGUACACCAUGGCUGAGGGGAAAGUAACCCUCCCCCUAGACACGACAGUGGUAGGCGACGUGGCGGUGUGCGUGUACCACGCGCGGCAGCAGCUCGGCCGCGUGCACUCCGUGCCAGUGCUGUCGCUGCACUUCCACACCGGCUUCCUGCCGCCUGAACACCAUCACAUCAAGUUCAACAGGUCUGAAAUCGACGGCAUAGACGACUCGUUACCCGUAAACGACCACUUCUCAAACAACACCACUGCUAUAAUAAGCUUAGUGGUACAAAACGGAGAGCGUCGGAAGCCUCGCUCCGAUCUAUGGGAGGAAGAUCACUCGUUCCCUAUCAGGACUCCCGAUGUGUUGUUCUCCACUAACUUGGAGAGAGAUGAGACUAUUGAUAAUUUUGCGAAUCUCCGCAAGAAUCCCGCUGGAGUACCAAAAACAAUGACAGCAGACUACCCGGCACGCGAACCAGAGCCACCAACUCGGCCGUCGCGUCCGUCCCGGCCUGCGCCCCCCUCCCCCGUACCUCCUACCCGGCCUCCUCCCCCCACCCAGGCCCAACCUGACCCCACCCCUUCAGAAAACACUGCAGACUUCCUAAACCUCAACUCCAGUGCCCCUCAAGAACCGAAGCCGGAGAAAAAGUUGAAGAGCGAAGACUCUUUUGACUUCUUCGGAAUGAUGGAGAAGCAGACCGAUGAUGGGUUCGGUGAUUUCCUCAGUGUUAAUAAGGGGGAGAAAGCUCAGGCAUUCACAUCGGAGUCCAUAUUCGGCGACCUCCCCGCCCCGCCUACGGAGUCGGCCGAGGUGAAAGCGAACGUGAACUCCAGCGACCCGCUCAACUUCGAUCCCUUCGGCCUCAACGAUCCAUUGCCUAAGAUUGAACCGCUGCUUACACCACAACUUAUACAGGAAGAAGGUCGUUCUCAAAGCGUGCCUCUGGACCGUGCUCAGCCCGGCACCACACAGAAAGCGGAUCCAUUCGCGUCACUCGGCACGCUAGCUGGCGCGGUGCCCACACCAGCCGCCACGCUGAGCGCGGCGGGCAGCGCCGCGGGAACUCCGCGAGCGUCGCCCGCUCAUACUCCGGCACACAUGCCGCAUACGCCACAACAUCAGCCUGAUUACAACCGUGCUCAUUUCGAACCAGCAAAAACUCCAGCUGAUGACAAACCUCGGAAGCCAAUGGACGUGUUUGGUGAUCUCCUGGGCAGUCAAGGUUACGACUUCGCGGCCAAGAGGGACACUGGCCCCAAGACCAUGAACGCCAUGAGAAAGGAGGAAAUGGUCAAGGAUAUGGACCCGGAGAAAUUGAAAAUUCAUGAAUGGACGGAGGGUAAAAAGGCGAAUAUCCGCGCUCUUCUCUGCUCGCUACAUACCGUGGUAUGGGACGACUGUCGCUGGACACGCUGCGACAUGUCGCAACUCGUCACGCCCGCUGACGUCAAGCGGAACUAUAGGAAGGCCUGUCUCGCUGUGCAUCCUGAUAAGCAAAUGGGCACAUCCAACGAGAACAUAGCAAAAAUGAUCUUCAUGGAACUGAAUAACGCGUGGAGCGACUUCGAGAACGACGCCAAACAACAAAACCUGUUCCAGUCCUAAUUGUAAUGGCAGCUAACAUUACCACUAAACACGGAGUAGUGAAUACUAUGGACUCACUCGUAUAGUUCCCUCUAUAUUCCCUGAACAUUCGAGCUAGAAUAAUGACGCAUCUGCGGUCUUAACCACUUCAUCUAUUCAUUACUCCGUUACAAACAAUACUAAUCCAGUAUAAUAAUAGCAAAAUUAUGUUUAUUUAGAUAGACCCAGCUAACGGCGUGUAUUCAGAAAGCAAGUUGGAAAUAUAAGAAUCUAAACGCUUCACGCGGAUAUGUCUUACCGCUAGAGUUAACGGGAAAUCGCUAAGUAAGUUUAAAUUAGAAUUGUGAUAAAUUCUUGAAUAGUUUAUUGAAUCAGAUGUUAAUAACUUUGUGGAUAUGCAUCUUACAUUGAUAUUUGGACGUAGCCCCAAUUAAUAAAGGCUUUUUAGUAGAUCUUUGAAAUGUCUCGUAUUGAAUAUAUUUAUUGCAUUAUGUAUAAUAUAAAUGUUGUCGAUUUAAAUCCAGUUUUGCAGAAAGGUUCUACAAAACUGUGUUUCAAACACUAGAUGUAGCGUAUUAUUUUGUGUGGGACAACAUAAUUUUUUUAUUUAGUCAGUUUCACUUUCAAUCCGAUUUUAAGUAUUAAUAGAAUUUCAUACACGAUUGCGAAUAGUUCUGAUUAGCAAUCGAUGCGAUACCAAAACAUUUCGUGAUAUCAAUCGUCUUAACAGUAUUGACUCGUAUCUGAUUUCAGUAGAUUUAUGAUCGCACAAGGUACAUA